UCAUGCGUGAGCAGGAGUUGAAGCAGAAGGCAGGGAAAGCUAAGUGGUCAAAGGAAGUUGGGCUCUCCUCCCGCACUCCCUCUCUCCCGCCCUCCUACUCUAAUACAUCUCAUACAUAUUACCAAACCUUUAAUCUGACGGUAUACAUCACAAAGUCACUCACCAAGGCUCAGGGCUGAGACACAAUUCCCAGCUCAUGUUGUACUGUUUUUUAACUGUAGUCUACAGUGCGGGUGUAGAUAGCCGAAGUGUUGGCGCACCAACUUUCCGUGGCACUGAGCGACCAGGGACCGGCUUGGGCAUCUUGUCACUGGGACUGCAUCUAUCUCAUCAAUCAACAGUCAGAGGAAAUCUGGAUUCUAUUUGCUGAAGAGGAGCGACUUGGACACAAUUAUAGAACACACUAAUAGAAACCAGCGCACCCGUCGGUCACCGCAAAUCGGAUGUUUCAUUCAUGCUCGUAAUUUUUUUUUUUUUUUUUUUUUUUUUUUUUUAAUCACAGUUAAAAGUUUGACACUUCCUGGGCCUGAAAAGUUUCACAUUUCAACGCAGUUUUCUUGGAGCAGAAGUCUUCAAUAUGAGCAAGCCUGCUGGUUCAACAAGUGGUUGUUUGGAUAUUUUAAAUGUCAAAUCUAGUCGGAUUCUGGACAUUCCAUGUAAAGUGUGUGGCGACCGAAGUUCUGGAAAGCACUACGGUGUUUACGCGUGUGAUGGCUGCUCGGGAUUUUUCAAGAGAAGCAUCAGGAGAAACAGAACGUAUGUCUGCAAAUCUGGUACACAGGGCGGUUGUCCAGUAGACAAGACACACAGAAAUCAGUGUCGUGCUUGUCGCUUGAAAAAAUGCCUAGAAGUGAAUAUGAAUAAAGAUGCAGUGCAGCAUGAGAGAGGACCGAGGACCUCAACCAUUCGGAAGCAGGUGGCACUGUAUUUCCGAGGGCAUAAAGAGGUGAACGGUUCGUCAGCUCACUUUCCAUCCACGUCUAUCCCGGGGCCGCCGUUUUUCACUACAGUCACGCAACUGGAACCUCACAAUCUGGAGUUAAAUACGGUCGCAAGUACACCGGAGCGACAGGCCAUUGUGGGACUCGCUCAGCCCACACCGAAGUAUCCUCACGAAGUUAGUGGCACUCCCAUGUACCUGUAUGAAGUGGCGACCGAGUCUGUGUGCGAGUCAGCCGCGCGCCUGCUCUUCAUGAGCAUUAAAUGGGCCAAGAGUGUUCCGGCCUUUUCCACGCUCCCUUUACCUGACCAGUUGAUCCUAUUAGAAGACGCAUGGAGGGAACUAUUCGUACUGGGCAUAGCGCAAUGGGCCAUUCCAGUGGACUCCAGCACUCUCCUAGCUGUUUCAGGAAUGAACACAGAGAACACCGAUUCCCAGAGGCUAAACAAGAUCAUCUCUGAGAUCCAGGCGCUGCAGGAGGUAGUGACGCGUUUCAGACAGCUUAGACUGGAUGCAACGGAGUUUGCGUGCCUAAAGUGCAUCGUCACCUUCAAAGCAGUUCCAACACACAGUGGUUCAGAACUGAGAAGCUUUCGCAACGCAAGUGCCAUUGCAGCCCUUCAAGACGAGGCCCAGCUGACUCUGAACAGCUACAUUCACAGCAGGUACCCCACUCAGCCAUGUCGCUUUGGGAAACUGUUGUUACUCUUGCCUGCUCUACGUUCAAUUAGUCCAUCCACCAUUGAAGAGGUGUUCUUCAAAAAGACCAUCGGAAAUGUCCCAAUCACACGAUUGCUCUCCGAUAUGUACAAGUCUAGUGAUAUAUGAGCUACCGACGACCGAGAAAGAAAAAAAAAAUGUAUCUUUGACCUUGGCAUUCGCAUGGACACUGAGACGCUGUGGAUGUCAGUUGAAGCCUUAAAGUGAUACUACAGGCACUUGUUUGGAUAAAGCUCUACCAAUGUCCAGAUGUUAUUUCGCAGGGAAUUUAAGAAAGGACUGAAACUCUGGUGUUAGGAAAAAAAAAAAAGAAAAUUUAACCGAAUU